AUGAAGGGUUUCCUGACACCACGAACCCCUGACGCAGUAUCCCAGCUUCCGAAUGCCAGCGAAAUGUUAUCCACAACGGACCUCAAACAAAAUCUCAAAGCCUUCAACUUCUUCUCGGUAUUCGACCCUCAUCUCCCACCACCAGUCAGUCAGCCCACUCCUAUCAGCCACCACAUGCGCAAGAUCCGAGACACCACUCUCAAGCGCUAUAAGCGCUACCUCGCAAUCGCAGCGCUUUUCACCACAACCAUCCUCUUCAUCGUCGGGGCAUUCUGGCUUCUAGUCGGCAACAAAGCCACCGCAGCGCAUACGCCGGGCUUCCUGUUGCCGUUCAUACUGCUCAUGGUGGGUGCGAAGAUCUUUGUGCCGUUUUUAGUAGUGUUCUCGGUUGGGAGAUCGGGAGCUGAGGUAUGA